AUGGCAGAUUACUCAUCACCUCAACAGCAAUCUCAACAAAAUGCGGACGACUAUAUUCCUCCACCACCUCCUCCUCUCAACAGCAUCCCUCCCCCUUCUUCAGCCUCAGUAGGAAGAGCUCGUUCUCCAAGUGGACGUGAUAGAUCAUUAUCGCCAUCUCACCGUUCUUCCAGCAACAGCAGAUACUAUGAUGAAAGACGCUCUUACCGCGAUGAUGACCGCUAUGCUAGUGGCGGAAGAGACAGAUACGAAUCCUAUCCUCGUCGUGAUUACUACGAUAGCAGAGACCGUUAUGACCGAGGUGACAGAUACGAUCGUUAUGAUAGAUAUGACCAAAGAGACCGUUACGACCACAGAGAUCGCUAUGACCGUUAUGAUGACAGAAGAGGUGGUGGACGUUAUCCCCCUAAAUCAAGACCAAGAAGACCUGUUGACAGAGGAAGCGAGCAAGAGAGAAAGACCACGACUACCAUCUACGCAGGAAACCUUCCUUAUGAUUUCAUUGAACGCGAUGUUGCCACCAUGUUUGAACGUUACGGUCGUUUGAAGACCAUCACCGUACCUAUGGAUGCUGUCACCAACAAAAAUAAGGGUUUUGCCUUUGUUGAAUUCGAGGAUCGUCGUGAUGCUGAAGAUGCUUUUGAAAAGUUUGAUGGAUUCAGCGUCGAAGGCCGUCGCUUGAGACUUGAUUGGGAUAUUGGACUUUCCAAGAAGGACGAACAUCGUCCUCCUAGACGUGCACCAGGUGGACCUCCAGCUCCUCCUAUUGACGAUCAUCGUGAGCGCUCCAUGCCUGAUUCUUACUCUGCUCCUCCUCCACCUCCUCCCCCAAUGGACUCUCGUGCAUACAGACGCGAAUCACCUGAACCUUACCGCCGAUAA